AUGGCAUCAGAUUUGUUUUGGGGACAGAUGGGAAAUUAUUGGAUCGGCAAGGAUUGUUGUUGUUUUGGAAGUUUGUCUACCGUUCAUUUUACAGUAUUAGCUAUACAAGCUGCCGCUUUUCUUCUUUUUAGUUAUUUACAAGGUGUGAAAAAAAAAGUUAUUAAAGUAGCACUUAUUAAGGUUUAA